AUGCGACCAGUAUUUGCCUUUUUGCUGCUGGCGCUCAUCUGUGCGUGCCAGGCGCAGUCGGACUUCGAGGAAGGCGAUAAUGACAAUGAUUUUGCCGAAUUCGAUGAUGAGUUCGUGGGUUCCAACUAUUACACAGAGCCAGCGGCCAAAAAUGCAGAGUCCAAUUCAGCAGGUGAAGCUGGUGGAGCCAUUGGAUCUAGGGAGGAACAAGUGCCGCCACGCAAGCAGACACAAAUCGUUGACGACGACGAGGAGGACGGCCUUGUAGAGGAGGACGACGAGUUCGAGCACUUCCAGGACGAGGAGGAGUUCGAGGGCUACGACGGUGGCGACGCCAAGGACCCGCCAAUCGACGAGCAGGCCGAGCCCAAGCUCAACAUACCCAAUAUCCCACUGCACUUCCGCACCCACUGGGACUCCUAUUGGAUGGAGAUGCUGAUGGUUGCGGGUCUGCUGGCGUACUUUGCCAAUUUCUUUGCCGGAAAGGCGAAGAACGCACGACUGGCGCAGCUCUGGUUCAGCACGCACAAGGCUCUGCUGGACGAGAACUUUGCCCUAGUGGGGGAUGACGGAAAGCCGGAGAAUGAGAGUCCCGGUCUGAUUAAGGAGAGCGAGAGCCUGUACACGCUCUGGUGCUCGGGACGCACCUGCUGCGAGGGCAUGCUCGUCGAGCUGAAGAUGAUUAAGCGCCAGGAUUUGGUGUCCCUGGUGGCGGGACUUAUGCGUCCCCAGCUCGAUACGGUCCAUAUCAAAAUCGAUUUGACGCGUGGCUUAAUGGAUUCAUUUGUAUUUGCAGUCGGCUCUAAAAAGACCAUCACCAAGGUCUUUAAGGAAUAUACAGAUUUGAGCAAAUUCUGUAGUCUAGUCGGGAAGCCGGAGGAUCGCUACAAUGUUCCCAACGGCUUCGCAGUGCUCUCGGAGGUGCCAGAGGCCACAUCUGCCAUACUCGAAUCACGUAUUAUUACUGCACUUAACAAAUACCAAAGCUAUAUCGAUUACCUGCACAUUUCGGACCAGUUCAGUGGCCCCAUCCAGCAGGAGGAGGGCAAUACACUGAAGCAGCUGGAGACCAAGCCCGUCCUUCUAGCCGGUUUCAAUCUGCCCAAGCAUGCCGAAAUGGAAACCAUUAAGCCGUUGUUAUUGUUGAUCUUUUAUUUAAUGGAACGUUUGAAGACUUAUCGCAUGUCCAAGGAGGGCAAGUCGAAGUCGGACAAGAAUCGCCAGCGCGUUGAGGAGGAGUUCUUGAAGAGCACACAUGCUGCACGUGCCGAGGCAGCCGCUCAGCGUCGCGAGGACAAGCGCAAGCAGGAGAAGGAGCGCAUUCUGGCCGAUGAGGAUCCAGAGAAACAGCGCCGCUGGGAGGCCAAAGAACAGAAGCGGCAGGCCAAAAAGAAUGCCCCCAAAAUGAAGCGACUGGCCGUCAAAUCAUUGUAGAUUUGCUUCACAGUUUGCCAUUAGUUGUCUCUCAGGAGCGCUCCUCUUUAAAGUACAUAAAUUGACCAUUUGUAGUUGUUCCUCAAAUGCCACAGAAUAAAGCAAUAUAUUAUAUA